ACAACCCAAGAAAGCCAAAUCCCUUCAAUAAGCUUGGAAGAACAAUCAAAGAUUGGCUAUAUUGAUAUGGAGCUUCAGUUGGGUCUCUCCCUUCCAAGCAAUCCAAUCAAAGAUCUAGACUUAAACAAAUAUGUGAAUGACCCAAAAGAUGAGAUUUGGACUGAUCAUAGUUGCUGCUCCAGAAAGAACAAAGCCCACAAGCGUAGCUUCAACGAGUCCUUCGAGAUUGUCACUCCCACUCCAACGCUACCUCUUUUAUCAUGGAAUGAUAAACCAAACAAGGAGGAGGAUGAUGGUGAUGGUGGUGGUGGUAAUCGGAAGAGCCUCAAGAAGAGCUCCUCUUGCACCAUUCGUAAGAGUAAUGGAGAGGGAGGUGGGAUUAUAGGGUGGCCACCCAUCUCGCGUUGCAGGAGGAGUUUUCAUCUUCUUCACCACGACUACCACUACCACAACCACCGGCAACAACAGAAUGUAGCCGGUCGGGAUCAGAAUGAUAGGACGGAUGGGCUUGGCUGUCGUAGACUCAACAAUUCCAUGUAUGUGAAGGUAAAGAUGGAAGGUGUUGCCAUUGGAAGGAAAGUUGAUCUUAGCCUUCACCGUUCUUAUCAGAACCUUACCGAUACUUUGAUCGCCAUGUUUGAAGAAUACCGCCCAGAUAAGGGAGAUAUGGAAGGAUCAUGGAACAAUGGUAAACGUUACACCUUCACUUACCAAGACAGAGAUGGGGACUGGCUUCUUUUGGGAGAUAUUCCUUGGCAAACUUUCGUUGGAGCAGUGAAACGUCUGAAGAUACUAUGGAGUUGAUGAGGCUCAUUAGCUCGUGUUUUGUGUUGAAAUUUCUAUUUUUACCUCUAUUUCUAGAAGAAUAUAUGAUGUGUAAGAGUGUCGGGAGACCUUUUGCUUUUCAAAAAUUCUAAAGCGAAAAUUUGAAUUCAAUGGCUUUAUUAUGACACUUAA